AUGCCGGUGCCAAUCCGCUUUCGCAGUCGACGAGUUGGAGCUGCGCAAGAACCACCAAGAGCUGCCCGCAAAGACAUGACUACAUGCAGUGUGACCAGCACACCAGCGCGGUUCGCCCGCUGCCUAGCUAACUUCCAGGUGGACGAGCUGCUGCUGCUGAAGAAGUCCGUGAUGAGUAUGGAGUCGCUGGAUAAGAACGAUAGUCUCCCGCCGACUACUGAAUGCCCACACAUGACGCCGGAUGGAUCGCCGCUGCCAGAGCGAAUGGCCUUGAUGGCCGCAGAUCGGGGUGAGCACGACACAACUGGCUCCCAUGGUCCCUGGCACUCCCAUCCACACGCGCCGACUUCCUGGAUCGAGGAGAAGCCCUCAAAGUUGCAGACCCUCUUCCAGAUCAGCAUUACGGCCCUGGCCUUUCUCUCCUUCGGCGGCUAUCUACUCUGCCUAAUCGUGCAGGCCAUCAAGAGCAAGGGCACCACCUACUUCCACCCGGUGGCCACGGCCACCACCAGCUCAUCCACAGGCAAUGUGAAACGCAUCAAGAUAUACCGCCGCAGCAAGCGCAGCUCCGUGCGCCACGAUAGCGAUCUGCCGACUCUGCUGCAGCAGGACUACGCCUCCUACAUGAAAUCUUUGCGAGAUCGCGGCUGGGGCAUGCUUACCUAGUG